AAAAUCCUUGUCCUCUAUUUCUCGUUCCUCUGAAUUCUUUCUUUUCUGGGUCAUUGUCUUUCUCGUUUUCUUUUACUAUAUUGUUUUUUCAAUUUUUGAUGGAUAAUAAUAAUAAUAAAGAUAAAGGUGCAAAAUCAUUAGCUACAUCUUUGCAAAACCUCAAUAUUAAUCCCAAAUCCAACUUCAAAUCCAACUCCACCAUUACCACAAUCACCCAUCUUCAAUUUCCUGGAUUGCUAACUAAGAAGACAAAGCCUCGAAGUCUAGUUAACCUCUGCAUUGGACUUAUUGGAAGACAUUUGGAGGAUAUUGUUGAAGAUUUGGAUGAGAUUGCUAUCGUUUUGCCAGCUGAAAUUAAGUUAGCGGUGGCAGCUAUUGCUAGACGAAGAAAGUUGCUGAAUGAUGAUGUCCUGAUCGCAUUAGCUGAUGAUUCCUGGGAAAUCCUUGAUGUCUCUGGCUCAGAUGUUUCGAAUUUUGGCUUGGUAAAAGCAACUGAAGUAUGUAGAUUCAUUAAAGCUCUUGAUAUAAGCCGGUGCACCAAAAUUACUGCUACUGGUAUUUCUGAACUUGUGAAGCAUUGCCAUUCUUUGGAGACAUUGAGAUGUGGAGGGUGUCCAAGGAGUGACAACACAGCGCGGAGAUGCUCAAAUAUAUUUAAACCAAGGCUAGAGUAUGUUGAAGAGGAUUCUUGGGAGGAGCUUGAUACUAAAGAAAUUGCUAGUGGUGCACAAUCACUCAGGUGGCUAAUAUGGCCUAACAUCGACAAUAAUUCUCUGGAGGACUUAUCCGCCGAGUGCCCGCGUAUCAUAGUAAAUCCUAAGCCAUCUUCUCCCUUUGGAUUUAUGGGAACUCAGGUUCCUUUUGAAGCAUUUCCAAAUAUCAUAUUAGAUGAUGCAGUUGUCAAAGAUAUUGAUCCCAAGACAUGGACAAUGCAUGGGAUUGCAAAAAUGCCCAUUUCUUCAUCUUCUUCAAGCUCUACUGAAUUAUCAGUAGCUGAAAAAUUCAGACUUGCCUUUGAGGAAAGGGACAAUCGGUUAGCUCCAAAGCGAGCUAAAAAUGCUCGGCAACAUCAACGUCGGGCAGCGCGGGGCUUGUUGUUAAUGAGCUCAAGAGCCAAGGCGACAGUCUUGGCAUCGCAAGUAAGCAAGUCACUUCAUAAUCAAAACUUGUAGCCUCAUAGAAUUUUGAAACGACCGAGUUUUUUUGGUCACCAUAAAAUGUACUAUUAACUUCUGUGUGUAUAUGUAAGAAGUUGUUGGUUAUUUACUAUCGAUAUCUAGAAUAUCUUCCUUAACAAGUUGGGAAGAUGUUCAAAAAAACAAGUUGGGAAGAUCAGACGUUUGAAUUUUGUCUUGUUUGAUCUUUUGACACAAAGUGAAAGUUUAUUUUUCAAUUGCAAAGAUAUGAAAGAAACAUGCUGGCUUGGUAGUCAAAUUUAUUUUUCAAGUGUCACCUAACGAUUAUGCUACCAGAAAGGACUUUGUGUAGUGGAAUAGUGAGAAGCAUUGUGAUUUGUCUGUUA